GCCUUGUAAAGAAGCACCCCCUUCUUUUUUUUUGACAAACUAAAUAUAUAUAUAAUCUAGCUCUUCAUGUUGCGUGCAUUCCUUUAUCAAAAGAGACUUUAUUCCACACCUUCGUACUUUGUCUCUCGUACGUCCAGCAAGGGUCUUCCUGUUUAUUCUGAAUAUAAGAAUGGCAGAACGAAUCUCUCAACAAUUGUGCGUAGAAUCAAGGGAGAUUCUAACGCCUUAGUGAACGAUCUGAAAAAGGAUUUCCCUGAAGCAGUAGCUGAAGUCAAUCCAACCACUCAAAAUGUCAUAAUCAAGGGACAUCAUGUCAAUGAGAUCAAGGAAUGGUUGAUGAUGAAGGGAUUCUAAUCUGGAAAAUAACCCUUUAAUAAUGUAUCUUGUAAAUAUCAGAAAUACAACAAUAAAAAAAAGAUUACAGCAACGUCUUUGUUUUUGUUGGAGAAAUUGACAAACAGCAGAUAAAGAGAGAUAUAAAGCAAUCACUGUGAGAACAUCCCUUCCUCUUCUUUUGAUUUUCUAUAACUCUUGUCAUAAUGAACCCUUAGAUAGCUAUCUGCUAUCAAAUGUCAAAUACAACGUGUAAAUAACUGACUUUAGAAGAUUCUCAAGUUCUUUACCAUAUUCACUUGUAUUGUUUGGCUAUUGAUUAUAAUAUAAGCAUCUAUAUUAUUGAUAGGUACUAAAAGCACAUUUAUUCC